GGAGUGGAAUGCAUUUGGAAGAAUUGCAUGCAUCAUUUAAGUUUCUAACAUUGUUGGCUGUGUGCCUUUGUUUGUAUGCCUAGAUUAGGGUUACAUGAACAGGAUUUAACACGAGAGCCAAUCAAAUUUCCCGAAAUAUAUUCAGAUAUAUAUUUAAACAUAAAACUGUAUCAAUCCUGGCAGUGUUUGUAAAUAUACAGCAACAUUCAUAAUUAUACUAUAUAUUGAGAGUUUUUUUUUAAACCAAAUGAAAGAAUUAUUCGAUACUCUAAGUUUGAUCAACAGAAUAUCUUAUAGUCAUGGGGAGUGGCAUCAGCAAAGCGUCAUAUAACAUUACGGUUAAAACUGGAGACCAAAAGGGAUCGGGGACGGAUGUUAAUGUCUAUAUCAUUCUGCAUGGAAAAGGUUUCCAGACAAACGAGUGCAAACUUGAUAACUUUUUUAAAAACGAUUUUGAAAGAGGUGAGAUUGAUAAAUUUUCUAUUGAUUCCGAAGUCAACAUUUCUGAAGUCCAGAGAAUUGAACUGCGGAGAGACAAUUGUGGUUUGUACAGCAACUGGUAUUUAGAUUGGAUUGAAGUCACCAAUAAGAAAAACAGCAUCACAUUCAUAUUCCCUGCAAUGAAAUGGAUCAAAGCAAAUGGUCGUUACUUUUUCAAUCACCACACAUGUUUACCACAAGACGAUCUAUUCUUAGAAACGAGAAAAUUAGAGCUGCAGGCCAUUCAGGCUGAAUAUCAGCUACAGGUAAAGAUACAUGGAUUACCUGCUCAGGUAAAAAAAUUACCAGAAGAUGAGAAAUUUUCAUUCCAUUACGAAGUCAAUUUUGCUUUAGAAGGCAUAAAAUUAAAAGGAGAAAGCUUCAAGCUGAUGAUGACGAACAAAAACGAAUGGGAGGAUGUUGAAGACGUUAAGACUGUGUAUACUAAAGCUUUUGGAGUUCCACAGAGUUCACAAUACUUCAACGACGAUGCUCAGUUUGGACGACAGAGACUCAGCAGUUUAAAUUCGUUAUUAAUAGAACUGUGUACUACGAUUCCACAAACUUUUGGAGUGACUGAAGAUAUGAUAAAGCCAUUCCUAGAAGGCAAGACAAUGAAACAAGCAAUGGACGAUAAAAAGUUGUUCAUUGUAGACUUGGCAAUAUUAGAAGACUGCCCAACUAAGAGUGAAGACCUUGUAAUGACUUGUCCUUUGAUUCUGUUCUAUUUCAACGAUUCCAAACAUCUGAUGCCAAUAGCUAUACAGUUAUUUCAACAGAAAGGACCGCGUAACCCGGUUUUCUUACCAUCAGAUCCAAAGUACACCUGGAUGUUGGCAAAGAUGUGGUAUAGUCUUGCUGAUUCUACAUAUCACCAAUCUCUUACUCAUCUAAAUUACACGCACUUAAUGAUGGAAGGAAUUAGUGUUGCAACAAAAAGAAACCUUGCGCUACAACAUCCAAUUUUGAAAUUACUAGAUCCACAUUUUUUGUAUCUUAUGGCUAUAAAUAGUCUUGCACUUGUCGCGUUGAUAAACCCUGAUGGAAUCAUAGAUAAAAAUUCAAAUGCAGGAAUCAAAGGCCAUUUUCAUAUAAUGAGAAAGAGUAUGUCAUUCUGGAAAUUGGAUUUACAUGGAACCCUUCCAGAGGAUUUGAAGAACCGAGGGGUAUUUGACCAGUCUGUACUGACCGGAGCCUAUCAUAUGAGAGAUGAUGCCCUUUUGUUGUAUGACGCCAUCAAAACUUAUGUGGAGAAAUAUGUACUGCUGUACUAUUCCACAGACAGUUCAUUGACUGCAGAUUAUGAGUUGCAGAGUUGGGGAGCAGAACUUGUAAAGUCAAGAGAUGAUGGCGGAGUAGGAAUUCUGGGAGUCCCAGGUAACGGUAAUUUUAAAACAACAAAUCAACUUGUUUUAACAUUGACAGCCAUUAUCUACACGUGUAGUGCUGGUCAUGCUGCAGCCAACUUCCAACAGUACGAUGAAUAUGGUGCUCCAUUCAAUUACCCAUACUAUCUGUCUGGAGUUCCUCCUAAAGACAAGAGUCCAGUCACUAUAGCAACCAUCCUAAAGACCAUUCCAAACAGAGACGUACUUCUACAGAUGAUGAUAGUCACAAAAGUUCUUAGUGAGAAAGCAACAAAAAGCCUUGGUGAUUUUGAGAAACAGUUCAUUGUGGAUCCAAAAGCAGUAAAAGUUGUUGAAGAGUUUCGACAGACAUUACGACAAGUUGGAAAAACAAUUGAGUCAAGAAACAAAAAGAGGGAAUAUCCAUAUGAUUGGCUUCUUCCAAAGGCAAUACCUAAUGCCAUAAGCAUUUAAACACUUAUAUGUUUACUAUAUUUACAGACAAUAUAACUUUUUCACACGAAGAUUGUCUUGCACAUUUAACAGAUUUUAAUGUAUUGGAUUUGAAACGAAUAUUUUGUUUGAGAUAGCUUUUAUGAUAUAAUAGUGUUUUGUACAUGAAUUUCAAAGAAAUUUCCGCCAAUGAGAUCAUCACCAAAGAAUCAAGCGUUUGAGUUACUCUUUACCCUAAAGUGUGAUAUUUUUGCCUAGGGUGCCCAACCGCAAGAGAUCUUCAUUCUUUGAUACGAUAUGAUUUAUCUUUGAUUAACUUGUACAGUAUACGUAUGUUUUAUGUCUAAUAAAUCCGUCCAGUAUUACUGACAAAAUCAAA